AUGAAUAAGAUACUACUAGCUUUCACUUUUUUUGCUUUAAUGGCAAUUGCAAGUGCCUUUCGUAAAAAUAAUUUUUCGACAGAAUAAAAAUAGGUAGCUGCUCCUUCUAAGACAGCAGAAACCUUUUGCCCUAAUCCAAAAUUUAGACCAGAAGCAUGGAUGAAGAAGUUCUUAGAUGGCCUUUCUGGAACAAAAUCUGAUAGCGAUUAAAUCAAAUAUUUAUAAGACUAAAUCCCUACUGAUCCCCAUGUCUUCUCUUCAGAUUAAGUUGUAUCAACUAUCAGUAAGCUUACAUUUGAUAGCUCUCGCUUGAAGUCUAUGGAACUGCUUAAUCCUUACAUUUAAUCCUUGAGUUCUUAGAAUAUAGUUGAUAUUUUAGGCAAACUAACAUUCUCUUCAAAUAAAAUGGGAGCUUUAAAACUAAUUGCAAAUACUUUAACUGACAUAUCUGAUUAAUCCAAAAAUCUUAUUGCCAAUUAAUUUACUUUUAGUUCAGAUAAGAAUGAAGCCCUUAUGAUUUUAAAUGGAAUUUCACCUAGAAAUUGUAUAUAUGGUACAAUUACAGCCAAAGUUGCUGUGUUUGUAAUUGAUACAUCUGGUUCAAUGGACUUUAAGUUCAAAGUAAAUGGAGAAUCUAUUUCUCGUAUACAGUUUGUAAAAGCUUAGCUUACAAAAACAAUUAAUGAGUAAUUAAAAAAAUACUAAAAGUUCAAUAUUAUCACCUUUAGCAACUAGGCUACUUAUUGGAAGCCAGAUGUUAUAGAUGCAACUCCAGAAAAUAUUUUAGCUGCAAUAACUUACAUAAACAAAUUAGGAACAUCUGGAGCUACUAAUAUUUCUGGUGGAUUAGACCUAGCCUUCCGCUCUAAAGAAGUACUUAAUACGAUAUACCUUCUCUCUGAUGGAGUACCAAAUAGUGGAGUGAUGACAAUUGAAGGUAUUAAAAAAUAUCUAACGGAUAAGAAUUAAAACAGAUAAGAAAAAGUUAAGAUAAACACUAUUUCAUUCAUUUUAGGAGGUCCUGAGAAUCAAUAAGAAAGAACUCUCUCUUUUGAAUUCUUAAAUGCAAUUGCAGAUGCCACUAAUGGGUCAUUCAAAGGCAUUUCUGAAUGA